GCCGCCGGCUGACAAGAGCCGGGAGCCGCCGCCGCAGCCGCCUCACGGGAGCCGGGCCGGAAGCGAGAGCCGGAGCGGGGCCCGCCAGCCGCCGCCAUGGGGAACCGCGUCGCGCGAGAGGAUUUCGAGUGGGUCUACACUGACCAGCCCCACGCCAGCCGGCGCCAGGAGAUCCUGGCAAAGUAUCCGGAGAUAAAGUCCUUGAUGAAACCCGAUCCCAACUUGAUCUGGAUUAUAGUGCUGAUGGUUCUCACUCAGCUGGUUGCGUUUUACUUGGUGAAGGACCUGGAUUGGAAGUGGGUCCUGUUCUGGGCGUACGCCUUCGGCAGCUGCAUUAACCAUUCCAUGACCCUGGCCAUCCACGAGGUCUCCCACAAUAGCGCCUUCGGCAACAACCGAGCUCUGUGGAAUCGUUGGUUCGGAAUAUUUGCUAAUCUUCCCAUUGGUGUUCCAUACUCAGUUUCCUUCAAGAGGUAUCACAUGGACCAUCAUCGCUACCUUGGGGGUGAUGGCAUCGAUGUGGACAUUCCCACCGAUUUUGAAGGCUGGUUUUUCUGCACCACUUUCAGAAAGUUCGUGUGGGUUAUCCUUCAGCCUCUCUUUUAUGCUUUUCGACCUCUGUUCAUCAACCCCAAACCGAUUUCUUACCUGGAAGUGAUUAAUACUGUGAUCCAGAUCACUUUCGACAUUAUAGUUUACUACGUUUUUGGAAUUAGAUCUUUAGUCUACAUGUUGGCAGCAUCCUUACUCGGUCUAGGUUUGCAUCCGAUUUCUGGACAUUUUAUAGCUGAACAUUACAUGUUCUUAAAGGGACAUGAAACUUACUCGUAUUAUGGGCCUCUGAAUCUACUCACCUUCAACGUGGGUUACCACAACGAACACCAUGACUUCCCCAACGUUCCCGGGAAAAACCUCCCACUGGUGAGGAAGAUAGCGGCUGAGUACUACGACAGCCUCCCUCACUACACCUCCUGGGUCAGAGUCCUGUACGACUUUGUGAUGGAUGAUACAGUGAGUCCCUACUCGAGAAUGAAGAGGCACCAGAAAGGCCAGGCAGCACUGGAGACCGCGAUGUUGAGAAGCCCCUCUUACGGUGUCUGCACGUGACCCCCGCGCCACCAGGAGCUUACCUGGCUGUCAACAGCCGGCCCGCCUGGCCGCCUUCAGCUGCGCUCACAGGAGACGUGUGUGCUGCGUCAUUGUGGGGGAAGUUUUCCCUGGUGUCUGAGGUUUUGUAAGCAUAUCAUAAAAAAGCUUUAAAAAAAGCUCUUUCUAGUAUGUUAUUUUCACUAUCAAGUUGUACUUUAUUAAAACAGCUAAUAAACUGAGCUAUUAAUCACGGUA